GGACAGCGUUAUAGUUCCGGGCGAGGGGAGAAAGGGAGAAGAAACACCCAAGCGGCGGAGGGAUGGCGGCCGAGCUGCCCAGCGAAGCCCGGGAGCGGCUGAGCCUGUGGGAGAGGCCACUGAGGCCCCUGGCGCCCCUGACCGAGCGGCAGCAGGAGUCGGUGCUGGAGCUGAGGGAAGCGCUGCCUUGCCUGCCCACCCCGGCUGAGCUUCCUAUUGAAGAUUUUAGCAGUCUUGGUCAGCAAUCAUUAACCGUAACAUCGACAGCAACAGUGCCAGAAUCCACAGAGGACAUCCUCUUGAAAGGGUUUUCCAUGUUGCGUAUGGAAAAUGAAAGAAUUGAAACAGCACAGCAGUUCUUCUCAUGGUUUGAUCAACUCCAUACGCAGAUGGAUCAAGAUGAAGGGGCUAAAUACAGGCAGACGAGAGCUUACUUGUCUGGAUUCGAAGAGCAAUGUGAUGCUAUCUUGAGUGAUGUCAACAGUGCUCUUCAGCACCUGGAGUCGUUACAGAAGCAAUAUCUCUUUGUUUCCACCAAGACGGGAACGCUGCAUGAAGCCUGCGAACAGUUAUUGAAAGAGCAGUCAGAGCUUGUGGACCUGGCAGAAAAUAUCCAGCAGAAACUGUCAUAUUUUAAUGAACUGGAAAAUAUUAAUACGAAACUGAAUUCCCCUACAUUGUCUGUAAACAGUGAUGGUUUCAUCCCUAUGCUGGCUAAACUUGAUGAUUGUCUUGCAUAUAUUUCAUCACAUCCAAACUUUAGGGAUUAUCCUGUAUAUUUUGCAAGGUCCAAACAAUGCCUUUCAAGAGCUUUGCACCUCAUGAAAACAUACACUGUGAAUACACUACAAAACCUCACAAACCAGUUUAUUAAAAGGGAGCCUUCAGUUGUACCAAAUUCAGACAACGCCUUCACGUUAUUUUAUGUGAAGUUCAGAGCUGCUGCACCCAAAGUCAGAACACUUAUUGAGCAAAUAGAGCAGCGGUCUGAGAAGAUGCCAGAGUACCGGCAACUGCUAAACGAAAUCCAUCAAUGCUACCUUGAUCAGAGGGAGCUCUUACUAGGGCCUAGUAUUACUAGCACUGUGACAGAAUUAACUAACCGAAACAGCAGAGAUCAUUGUGCUCUGGUGCGAAGUGGCUGUGCUUUUAUGGUCCAUGUGUGCCAGGAUGAACAUCAGCUGUUUGAUGAGUUCUUCACAAAACCAACACCCAAACUGGACGAACUUUUGGAGAAGCUAUGCCUGUCUUUAUAUGAUGUCUUGCGGCCACUGAUCAUCCAUGUAAUUCACUUAGAAACUUUGUCUGAGCUCUGUGGGAUUCUCAAAAAUGAAAUGCUUGAAGAUCACGUGCAAAACAAUGUGGAACAGCUGGCUGCAUUUGCUGCUGGAGUUCGGGAGAUGUGGGAGGAUGUUCAAGAGCGCCUGGUCUACAGAACGCAUAUCUACAUCCAGACUGACAUUAUAGGCUACAAACCGGCCCCGGGUGAUCUUGCUUAUCCUGCCAAGCUGGAAAUGAUGGCGCAAAUUGCCCAAAGUCUAAAAGAUGAAGAGAGAAAGUUGCCUGCAGAUCCUUCAUUUUCAGAUAUGAAGCUGGAAGAUUCGGAGAACUGCAGUGUGGUUAAAAAUGAUCCAUUGGAAUCCUGCCAUCCUAGACUUCAUGCUACAAUUUCACCCGCAGAUCUGCAUGGCAUGUGGUACCCUACUGUGAGAAGAACGCUUGUGUGCCUCUCCAAGCUUUACAGAUGUAUUGAUAGGGCAGUCUUCCAAGGAUUAUCGCAGGAGGCCUUAUCUGCCUGCAUACAGUCUUUGCUAACAGCUGCAGAUUCCAUUUCUAAAAACAAGACCCAGGUUGACGGACAGCUUUUCUUAAUAAAACAUCUUUUGAUUCUUCGUGAACAAAUUGCUCCUUUCCACACUGAAUUCACCAUUAAGGAAAUUUCCCUGGACCUUAAGAAAACUAGAGAUGCUGCAUUUAAAAUCCUGAACCCUAUGACCGUUCCACAUUUCUUUAGGCUUAGUAGCAACAAUGCGCUGAUACAGUUCCUGCUGGAGGGCACUCCGGAAAUCAGAGAGCACUAUAUUGACUCGAAGAAGGAUGUCGAUCGGCACUUGAAGUUUGCUUGUGAGCAGUUCAUUCAGCAGCAAACCAAGCAGUUUGUGGAGCCUCUGGAGGAAUUCCUGGCGAAGGUUUCUGCUCUGAAGGCAAUGGCUACUCAAGGUGGUCCUAAAUACAGCCUUUUACAGCAACCUUGGGCACAACCAGCAAAGAUUGCCGACUUGGUGUCUUCGACAUACAGGACCAUCAAAACAAAACUGCCCUCGACAUUGCAGAGCAUGUCGCUGUAUUUAUCCAACAAGGACACAGAGUUCAUCUUGUUCAAGCCAGUUAGGAACAAUAUUCAGCAAGUGUUCCAGAAGCUGCAUGCUCUACUAAAAGAAGAAUUUAGCAAAGAAGAUCUCCAGAUUGUAGCCUGCCCUUCAAUGGAACAGGUAAAUCUCCUUUUGUCAACAGCAAAGUAGUCCCUCUUUGAGAAGCCUCUUCAAAUUGUCUGUCAGGCAGUGAAAUGGACAUUUAUCUGAAGCCGACUCGGGGUGUGUCAUCCUACCUGCUUUUAGCACCAUCCAUCCAAACGUCAGGUGAACAAGAAGAGGACGAACACCAGUAUGUUAUAACUUUUAUUAAAAAAAAAUAAAGCAGAAAUACUGCUUUAUUCAGAACAAUGGUCAGCCUUUUUUUGCCAGCAUCUACUUACCUUGACUGAAAACAUGUUGGGGUUAAAUUCUAUUUGCUCCCCUACCCAAUUUUGUUAAUGUGUGCUUGUUUCUUUUCAAGGGAUGUGCUGAAAAUAAAUUGGAGAAGGCAGGGACCCAAGAAUCUCUUUAAUAGAAGGCAUAAAUGUAUGUACAAAUAUUCCCACACUAUCUCAGUAAGUCAGUGAGUGGUGAGGAGAGUAUUUGUGGAAAAGUUUUCAUUUGCCCUCCGGCAAUAUGUCUCAGUUGAAGCUAUUCAGCUGUAUAUCAAAUGAUUUAGCUGCACGUGCAAAUGUGCCUUUAAAGCACAUUUUGAAAAUUUCUCCAGUAUUUGACUGGUAUACUGACAUUCACCAAUUUUUAAUAACUGUAAAAAGAAACCCAAUUUGCUGCAGUGAAAUUGUGUGCCUAGGAUGUGCAGAGAAAGCUAUGCAAUUGAGGAAUUUCCGUAGAGAAAUGCUUUCCAAGUUUGAAUUACGGAUAUGUGAAAUAAUUCAUUUUAUAAAAAUGAAGCUCCAUUAGAACUUCUUUAAAAAACAAAACAAAAACAGCAGCAACUAAAAACCUUAAUUGUAUUAUGUAGUGGAGAUGGAGAGGAGUUCUAGCUUGCCUAUGCCUUCUUGCUUGUGGCAACUUUAUCUCAUGUUUUUUUAGUUUACGUUAAACCAGAGUUUCCUUACCUGCCACCCUCCCUGUCUCUAGCCAGCUGCUUUAAACAUUUCUCUUUUCAAGAUCACCUGGAUGCUAAAAUGACUGUAAAAUCAGGCGGCUAGCGUGAACGAGGAACAAAAGGAGGCAGCACUAGUUAAGUUCCAACAAACAUAUAUGACCUUAAGGUACUGCAAUUCCUAAAAAAAUACUUUGAGGGGAAAGCCAUCUUUGUGGUUGGGGUGGAAUUAAUAAGAAAGCUUUUAUAGUUACGAGUUAAAAUUUGUAGAAAUAAAUAAAACUCCCAUUGCCACUUUGCUUUUAUUCAUAAAUUGGUGGUUGGGGGGUGGUUCUGCAUAUUAGUGCGGUGUUUUUAAAGCAGCUUCAAGCUGUUUGCCUGCCACCCAUUUGACAAGGCAAUUGGCACCCGUUGAAAGCUGUUACUGCAAAACAGAUUUGUUGUAAAAUAACGUCCUGUGGACUUUGUAUCAUGCUUUUCAAGUAAAUUAUGGCAUGAUUGCUGUAUAUGAAGUUAUGAUGUAUUUUAAUCAAAUUUUCUAAGCGUUCAAAUCGGUUGACCAAAUCCUUUUGUUUCUAAAAUAGAAUGCUUUUAUCCCUCCCACCCAGUAUCAUCCUGUUAUAGCAAACUUGUAUAAAGCUAUAGUUUCAGAUAUUUACAUAUAAAAAUAGUGUACAUAAUUUAAAACGUAUCAAAGAUUCUUUAUGUCAUUUGACUAAUGUUCCUCUUCGUUUUUUUCCUUUUUAAUAAAAGUUCUGCUUUCUUA